UCUUGUCACUUGACAGUGUCUUCUGAAAAAUGAGGAUUAUGAUUUUGUGUCUUUUAUACGUUUUUCUUCUCACAGUGUCAUCGACUACAUUUUCUGUUCUUUGUCAAUCCAAUGAUGAAGCAUUAAUGUGGUUAGGUUACGGAUUUACCCACGUUCCCCGAGUUCUUGACUCGGGUUCAACUAUAAAAACCUUAUGUUUGGCUCAUAACUCCAUUGGCAGAUUUGAACCUCAGGAUUUUCUGCACUAUCCCAAUCUAACCUGUCUAGAUCUUCGGUUCAACUUGAUCAGUUUUAUUCAUCAUGGAUCAUUCUCCUCUCUAAGUGGCCUCACAAAACUUCUUCUGGGGAAUAACAGGAUCUCGUCUCUAGCGAAACAGGCUUUUACACGACUGACCAAACUACUGUCCUUGGAUUUGCAUGGAAACCAAAUCAGUGAAAUACAACAGGGUGCAUUUGAUGGUUUGUCUAAUCUGAGAAUACUGAGACUGAGUGGAAAUUCUCUUACAUUUUUUCCUCCAGGGAUUUUUUCCGGGAUAGAAUCACUUGAAACUCUUUACCUGGAAAAUAAUCAAAUCAGGUCACUGACCAGAAAUACUUUUAGAGGCCUUCGACAGUUACAUGAGCUGAAUCUAUCAGGAAACAUGUUGUCAAGCUUACCAAACAAUGUUUUUAAACCAGUUUCCCCGCUGCAGGAUCUUGUCUUGAGUUUUAAUGUUAGGAUGCAAAUCAAAAACACAAAGUUCAAAUCCCAGGUGGUAUUAAAGGCUCUGUCUGUGAGCAAUAACAUCCUGUCAAAGAUCGACCUGCACACCUUCACCCACUUAUCAAACCUGGAGCUGUUGAAGCUGAAUGGAAAUCAUAUUCGGAGGAUUGGGAGGGACACCUUCAGUCACUGUGCUCACAUCAGGGAGAUUGACCUCAGUGACAAUUUAAUCUCCACCAUCGAGGAGUCUGCUUUUGCAGAUCUGAAACACCUCAGGGUUGUAAAGCUGAACCGUAACAGGCUCUCCCUCUUAAAUCCAAGGGCGUUUGAUAGCAGGUAUCGUCUGUCAUCUCUCAACUUGAAUGAAAACCCAUGGGACUGCAGCUGCAGCAUACUUUGCCUAAAGAGAUGGCUUGAGGGCGGCGCUGGCAGACGUGCCCAUGUGUUGGUGAGGUGCUCUCAGCCUGAACUCUUGAGAGGCCAGUACCUGGGCACCAUAAGCAGCGCCUUGAUCCACGGCACAGACAGGAUGUGCAGCCAUGCGCUGCCGCAAGUCAAUUGCGGACCAACUGUCGUCGACGAAGCAACAUGGCUGUCAGAGCCCAACGUCGUCAACAUGGACGACACGCAGAAGCAGGGAGAGGGGUACACGCCUGCCACAGACGUCAUCAUCAAGAAUGCUCACAAGCGUGACAUUUCAGAGUCACAGCGACUCCGUAAUACAUCUGGAGUUAGAGUUCUGCCAACAGGAAGUAAAACGGCAAAAUCAAUACCUACGCAAACAAUAACGUCAACCAAAGAUUUUUCCGGAAAGGAGACCGCAGGCAACGCUGCUUGCGUUUACAAUCAUGAGGUCAUCAUCAAUGUCUCCUCGGGGUCCGUCACCUCCACCUGUGCGGUUAUCAGCUGGAGUUUGACCAAAGGUGACACGCAAAACGUGUAUUUCAGGGUCAUGUAUGACCGGUUUAGCACCAGGGGGAAGUUCAGUCGGUUUAUCAACGUCAGACAGGGCACAGUUUGUAAACUGUGUGAGCUGCGACCCUCGACGCCUUACUUUGUGUGUGUGGAGAGUGUGGUCCAGGAUCAAGUGUGUCACGUGGCUUCUCGUGACCUCUGCCUCGGCCUCGUCACCGCGGCCGAGCCGCUCUCAGGCCCCGAGCCCGUCACAGUGACGAUGUACCUCACCGCCGUGAACACUCUGGCUAUUCUCGGCGUCCUCGUUCUCAUUGGCUACACAUGGUUCGUGCUCAGAAGACACUGGAGCAGCGCUUUGAGCCUGGUGUUCUCCCAGAACAGAAGCAUCUCUUGUGCCCUGUGUGCGGGGAUACCACUGUCCGACAGAGCCUCCGGCGUUCAAACCAACAGUUCCCAAACGGGAACCUACAUGCCCAAUGAUGUGGACGCCAUAGAUCUGCCACCCGUUCAUUAAACAGACCGCCGAAUCUUGAAUAAACGUGUGGUCUGACAAGCCGGUUGUGAACUACUGUAGCUUGGGCGAAAAUCUGAGUCUUGAGCAUCUUUUAUACUACGUUCUUUUUGUUAGUAUUUUCGCCUAAAUAUACAGUACUUUACCGAUUGGUGUUUUGUCAUGUUGCAUACUGGUUAUGAACUCCUUCAAGCUCAAAGCAAAAUAUGGAGAAAAAUAAACUCCUCCACAAGGUGGCAUCACACACCAUGAGAACAUAAUUCAGUAGCGUUAACCUGUCAGUCUAACAGUAGCCCAACAAUAACAUGACAAUGUGAUAAUGUAACUGAAAACUUACACUGCCGAUAAGAGACAAGGCAAAAGAACAAGAAGACAAUGAUGAACUUCAAGAGAUAUUAAAAGAUUUAUUACAACAUCUUAUUAAUUCAUGGUAUUUUAUACAUAACUUUCUCACAAGUUACAAGUUGACUACCAACACAAUGUCAAACCCCUUUGAAGCAGAAAAGCCGAGGUAAAACAAAUGACAAAAACCUUCCAUAAACUUUAAAACCAAUUAAAAACAUGGUUGAUAAAAAAUGGUUGACAAAAAAAUCACGUAAAAAAUAAACAGAAAUGGCUGAUUUGGACGCAACGUGUCUUUAGACUACACAGUAGUAAGCCAGUACAAAGAGAAAAGGCAAAUCGAUUCAAUAGUGUGAUGAGAAACCUACAUUUCUUGGUCUAUAUGUCCCAAUGCUUACAAGCGGUAGUAUAACUUAAACAGACGUCCUCAUUCAGUUUCUCUUAGACUGAGGGAGCAGCAACGUGAUCUAUUCACAUUAUCUUUGUAUAAUGAUGUGAAGCAUGACAAGGCCGUAGGUACAGGCUGGAUUGGCCUGUUCACGGAUCUGAAGGUCUGGUAAGGUCUUACUGAUAACAUAAAGGUAGCUUACUAAUAGGACUCGACUACACAAUCUAAACUAGUCUUUAAAACAAUGCGCAAAACACCUGGAGAGCUAACACACAACGUUAACAAUGUCAUUUACAGUGUUUCCUGACGAUGUCAU